AUGAUUAAGCGCGUUUUGUUGACGUUGCUACCGGUGAUUUUCAUCCUGGCGCUGACAACGACGGACCUUAAGAGCACGCUACCGAGGCACUUGAUUGACGUGGACCCUGCCAUUUUUCAGGGCACCGGGUACGCACAGCAGCGGCUCAGUCGCAAGACUUUGCUCGAGGCGCUGCGGCAUUAUGAGCGGGCGCUAGAACGACAAGACGAAAGCGUCUGGGGCACCGCGGUAGUGUCGCCCGAUAAGUCGUCUACCGGUCAGUCGUCCACCGGUCAGUCGUCCACCGGUCAGUCGUCCACCGGUGAGCGGGGAGAGCGGCCGUCGGUGGGCGGCCUUCGCAUCGGCGAGUCGGUGUUGGCCACGGCCGCGGGAGACUAUGGAGCCGUGGCGGAGGGCCUGAGUAGUGAGGAGAAGUACACCAUAAUCUUAAGCGGCAGUGGUGCAUCCGGGCCGCAGGAGCGGUCGGGGUAUGAGCAACAGUGGGCACAAAUUUUGGGCAGUGUGUUGGAUCAACCGUUGAGUUUGCCGGAUCUCAAGGCGGUCUGGCUCAAGCUGGUUUUGACCACGCAUAAAGACGGACCCUGGAACCCCAAAGGCCGGAGUCCCGGGGCUUGGAGUCCCAGACCAUCAAAUUCCAGCUUUAGGGACUGGGAUGGGAGAGGGGCGUACGGCCCCGGUAUGGCUCCAGGCUUAGCCGUCGGUCCGGCGUCUGGGGUCAGCUGGCUCUUUUGGUCGAACUACCUUAACUGGGAGGCGGACGUGUGGAUGGAACGGCAGUUGGGCAAAACGGUGAAUGGGGUCGUACUUUGUGGCUGUGUUGCAUACCUUCUGGCCGCCAUUCUCACCGGCAUGGUCCCCAUGCCCACCACCUGGAGUGAACCAUAUCCCGUGCAACACGAACACGUCGCUGUGGUCAUCGGCCGACACGUCUUCAACCGGCAACCCCCAAUACCCCAGUCAGCCCCGCCGGCCGUCCCGAGUACCCCUCCUACCGCGGUCCCGCCUCCUGACCACCCGGACUCCCACCAAGAGCGCGACCAAGAGUGCGACCAAGAGUGCGACCAGGCGGGGGGUCAGGAGCAAGGCGGCGGUCAGGCGCCAGGCCGAGAUCGAGACACCGACCCGGAGUCGGACCGGGAUGCACGGGGCUCCUGCGCAAUCACUAUUGCAGAUGACCCGCUCGUGACUGAAAUUCUCGAAGGACACGGCGCUCUGCCUGGGCUCAGUGCAGUCCGGCGCCAUCCACCUGCCAACUGGGAGCAGAAACCCAACCUCCCGGCCCAGGCCGCGCCCUCCGCGACCUGGCUCAGUUGCCUCUCCAACACCUUCAGUCCCUUUUACCCAACCAAAGUGGCCCGUCUCGCUAAGACGGGCGAGGCGGAAGGGACCGAAGACCCGGAUGUGUCAAGUGACGGGAGGCCAGGGGAUCGCAGAAUCGGGGACGGGAGAUCAGGGGAUCACACCCUGCCCAUAUCGAGCGGCCGGAACCGGGCUGGCAAUAGCUGGCUCAAUCAUUUGCCCGAGUCCGACAGCUCUUAUGGCGGUCACGAGGGCUGCAGCGACGACAGCAGCGGGAGCUUCGCUACCAGGGGCAAGUCCUUCGUCGACCAUCGUCGUAGGUCUGCCCCGUGCCGCAGCGUUGAGCUCCGUGGCCAGCGGGGCAGCGAUGAUCGAAGUUGUACGGAACUAAGUUCUUCUGAAACAGCUAGUGCCAGGUCUGAGCCAGCGGGCUCUCAGCCUUCAGUUCGGUGGUCGAAGGCCGAGGUGAUGGCGUCCUUGUCAUCAAACCCACGACACGAGAACCCACGACACGAGAACCCACGGCAAGAUAGCUCAGAGAACGGGGUGACGCGGCACCACGGUUCUGAACAGAGUUCGAGCUGGGCCGACAAGUCUAAAGAGCUGCUCCGUUCCGCCCAGUCGAGGGUAGCGGCGACCGGCAUGGGUGCCCUCGCGGCGGUCGGAUCCAUCAUGAACCGCUGCGGGCCCCGAGAUGAGGAGCCGGGCUGCAACCCAGACAUGAGUCCACUGUCUUAUCUCAGCUCAUUCGGUGAAGGCCUCCAAAACCGGCUCUUCAACCAACAAGGUGACCACCAGCAAGGUGACCACCAGCAAGGUGAUCACCGGCAAGGUGUUUCGCAGGAAGGUAGUAGGACGGCCGGAGGGCCAUCCGGUGGCGACGACUCGAGAUUGCUGGCCGAUCUCUGCGCCCAGGACCAGGACCAGGACCAGGGCCGAGACCAGGACCAGGAUCGGAACCGGGGCCAGGACCGGGUUCCAGAGCAGCUCGAUCCGGGCUGGGACCUGAAGGGGGUAGGUUCUCAAACAUCCACGACACGUGUGCGACGCAUGAAACGAAGGGCUGCGAAACGCCCCACUCCGCGGCUACAAAGUUCCCCCAUCCUGAUACCCGCUCCAAGCCCCCGCUUUGGGCCCCGCUAUUUGCUAGGUCGACCCGACGGGCGACUUAGUCCUGGCCGGCGGCGUUUAUUCGCCCGUCUUGGGAUACUAAACCCAACGCCCACGUUGGAGUCACUGGCCGCACCGCCUUCCGGCCGCCUUCACUCCGACGAGCUCACUCCCGAACUGCUCCGACCCGACCGGUUCCUGCCCGACCGACUGCGGCCAAGACAGAAGGGUGCCCGGUCGCAGUCUGCCGGCUUGCAGGGUGAGGGUCGGAUCAGGACUGCACUACGAGCCCUCGGUCUGAGUCCCGGACACUCUGAAUCCGACGACGCACAUCACCCAACCGACUUACUUGCGCCGAACUCAGGAACCGAUUCAGUUGGAGGACACGGCUCAGCCAGAAAACCCGACUCAGCUGGAGUGCGAGGCUCGCGGCUGGUCGCCAACUGCCGUGCCCGGAGGGAACCCUUUUUGGUGUCGCCGAUGUAUGCGAAUACGAACGCGCUCAUUGAGCGGUUCGCCCGGUCGACCCGGCCGGGAUCGGGUUUAGACUUGGGUUUGGAUCCCUGA